AUGGCCGCCGCCUUCGACGAGGAAGAUCUUUCGAUCCCACUCCCUCCUUCCGACCGUGACCGUCCGCGUGAACGUGCGAGCAAGCCGGUCAGCUCGAACCCCUCCGCUAUGGCAAUGCCCCCGCCCUCGCGCCCGACCGGUCGGGGCGACGCCGCGACACAGUCACCGGCUACCAUGCGGGACAUGCAGCGCCUCGAUCAGUACCAGACCGUCAAGAUCUUGGGCGAGGGAUCGUUCGGAAAGGUGAAGCUUGCCAUCCACCAGCCGAGUGGACGGCAAGUAGCCCUCAAGAUCAUCUCACGGCGCAAGCUACUAUCCCGGGACAUGGUUGGGCGCGUGGAGCGAGAGAUUCAGUAUCUCCAACUGCUACGACAUCCCCAUAUCAUUAAAUUAUACACCGUGAUUGCCACCAAAACCGACAUUGUGAUGGUCCUCGAGUACGCCGAACGCGAGUUGUUCGAUUAUCUGGUUAGGAAGGGCAAAUGCGGUGACGACGAGGCCCGCAAGUUCUUCCAGCAGAUCAUCUGUGCCGUCGAGUACUGCCACCGACACAAGAUCGUCCACCGUGACCUCAAGCCGGAGAACCUGCUCAUUGACAGCAACAAGAACGUCAAGAUUGCCGAUUUCGGAUUGAGCAACAUUAUGACAGAUGGCAACUUCUUGAAAACCAGCUGUGGAAGCCCGAACUAUGCCGCCCCAGAGGUCAUUUCUGGGAAGCUCUACGCGGGUCCAGAGGUGGAUGUUUGGAGCUGCGGUGUCAUCCUAUACGUGCUUCUGGUGGGCCGCCUGCCAUUCGACGACGAUUACAUCCCCGCCCUUUUCAAGAAGAUCGCAGCCGGCAACUUUCACGUUCCAGGAUACAUAUCUCCCGGGGCUGCCCGGCUCAUCCGAGCCAUGCUCCAGGUACACCCGGUCCACAGAAUCACCAUCCCCGAGAUUCGACAGGACCCUUGGUUCACCAAAGACCUCCCCAAGUACCUGGAGCCACCGCCAGAGGAGUUUAUCGCCACGGAUGUGGAUCUGAGCAAGAUCGAUCCUCGUAAAGUUGCCCCAGGAAAGUCACUCCCUGCGCAUAAUAAGAUCCAUCAAAUUGCCGUGUCCAAGUUGGAACGAAGCAUGGGAUAUGGCCGGGAAGAUAUCGAAGAUGCAUUGCGGCAUUCGGAGCCUAGCGCGAUCAAGGAUGCUUUCUCGAUUGUCGUUGAGAAUGAAAUGAUGCAGACCAAUUCCCCGAUCGAAGAUAAUCUAUUGGCCCCGAGUGUGACAGCCCAGCCCAGGGCACCGGCACUUGCACUAGCCCAACGCAACCCCGCAGCUCCAAGAACUCAAGAGCCAUCUGCGCAUGCUGCUACUCGAGCCCUAAGUGUCUCCCGCCGUCCACGAGAGGAAGCCCAGCAAGCAGACGCGGAUGAUUUCGAGCUACCACGUCUCAGUCAUGUCCGCAUAUUGCCCACAAGCUUGCCCUAUGUGCAUGAUCAGCUCAUGGAGCAGCGUGACCGAGAGCAGAAAGCUCGUCUUGAAGAGCGCCGACGAGAAGUGGCCGGUACUGAGGAGGAACGUUCCGGGUCUGAGCGCAGAGAAUUGUCUCCCGAAGAGCAGGCGGCCACUGUACGGGCAUUGAAGCCCCACGCUCGCAGUGUGGUUGAUUUGGAUAAGCUCAAGUUCGAGCCACCUAUUGGCCAUCCCAUCACGCAACAGCCCAAGAGAUCUCGCAAGUGGCAGUUCGGCAUCCGUUCCCGGAACCAGCCUUAUGAAGCGAUGCUGUAUUUAUACCGAGCAAUCGCUGCUCAGGGUGGGGUGUGGGAUAUCCAGCCUGUUGAAUCAGGCACAAAUAUCGGGCCUGACGCGACACCUUCCUUGGAAACACCCAAACCUCUCCAAAGCAAAUAUCCUGACCUCCCGUCGGACUACUACAUUCCGAAAGACCCCUGGUUCAUCCGCGCUCGCCUUCUGAAGGAAGGCGUCCAGGCCCCGGGAGCAUCGACAAGUGUUUUCAAUAGUCGCAGCGACCUUGAAGAGCUGCGCCGCCGCUUCCACAUCUCUGGCAUCUCUGCUCCGGGUGAGGACAGGGAAAGAGAUGUCAAAUCCUCCACGCCUGACAACAGCGUCCCAUCCGCACCUUCAUCGGCCACCCAAAACAACGGGUUACCGGGUAUCUCCCAUGGUGUUUGGGUCUUCGUCGAUAUUCAGCUCUACCAACUGGAGGAGAACAACUAUAUGGUCGACUUCAAGUGCGACGGCUACCAGAACGUCAUCCGCGCUCAUGGCGACUCCGAAUGGCACCCGAUCAGCAAGCGCUUCAUGAACAAAGAGAAGGAGGUCACCAGCCCAUACCCGUUCCUUGAUGUGGCAUCGGACCUUGUGGCUCAGCUGGCUGUAGCUAGCUAG